AUGUCUGCUGCAUACAAGCAAUUCUUGGCCUCGCCAAACGCCUCGCUGCUGGCUGAGAACGCGUCGCUGCAUUACAUCACUACCCUCUCCAACUUUACUGGUGCUGCCGAGAUCAUCAAGCACCUGGCUGCUCUGCGCAGACAGGUCACCAAGAAGCAGGAAGAGAUCCUUAGCCUUGUCGAGGGCCAGAAUGCCAUUGUCGUUGAGGUCCACACGGCUCUUGAAUUCAUUACCAGUGGUGGCAUCUACCUCCCCAAGCUCGAUGACAACUUCCUGUCUGAUCGUACUGCCUACGUCCCCAUUACGCAUUUUGUUUCCUUCGACGCCGACGGCAAAAUUCUCCAGAUCCGACAGCAGUGGGAUCAGGGUGCUCUUCUGAAGCAGUUGGAUAUCGUUGGCAAGACUGGCCGCAAUUGGCCCAUCCAGGACAGCCGCGAGCAGCUCCGACAAAUCCAGUCUUGCCUCAAGACUGUUGGCAAGGGCGCCCAGCAGUCCUCGAGCCACGAUGAUGUCGUCAUUCGCACCCGUCACAACGCAAGCAACACCCUGCACAACCCCCAUGCCUCUCUCAACCUGUACGGAAGCAGAGAGGAGAUUGAAUCGGCUCCUAUGAAGUCCGCCCCCAACCCCUACGGUGGUCACCGUCCGAGCCAGCGCUCUGUCGCUGAUAUUAUCGGCGACGAGCCGGCAGACGGUGAAUUUGGACACAACCGACACCGCUCUGUUUCACCCAGCAAGGCUGGAUCGAACAAGAAUUUCCAGCCCUCGCGUAUAUUCGACGGCAAGCAGGAUCAUGAGGAGGUCGAGACUCCCAAGAAGGGCGACAAGUUCAUCAAGCCUCACCCCAGCAAGUACAACCACUUUGACUUUGUCGAUGGUUCCGACCCUAAAGACGGCCCUGUCCGCGGCGUCGACCUUGAAAACCGCCCCAAGUCCAAGCACGACAGCCAAUGGUCUUUCAACGACUUUGUUACUCCUGCCAAGGCUACUGCUAGCAAGGGCAUGCGCUCGCAGGAUGUUCAGCACUGGAAUCCCGAGAUGCAGUUCUCUACCGACCCCGAGGCGCGUCAGCCCACUGGCAAGGGUCGCCGGGAUGCCGAGACUCACUUUGAGAUUCAGGAUGAUGGUGAGAAGAACGCGCGCCAGGAACGUGUCGGACUUCCUCGCGGCGCCAUGCACAAUGAAGGCCAGAGCCUCUACAAGAACCAGCUUUUUGAUGAGGUCGACCCAACUCCCGGUCCCAAGCGUGCCCUGAACACCGUCACCAACCUCAAAGAUCGCAGCAAAGACUUUGAUCCUCACUUCGAAAUGACUGAUGAGUCACCAUCGCACACCCCGCGAACUCAACAGGUUCCCGAGGGCAAGAAGAAGGUGGCCAAGAAGAUGGACCACACCUGGGAAGUCUAUGAGCAGUCGCCCCUCAAGGAGAACAACAGACCUGCUCCCGCCACUACCAUCAGCCACCAGAAGAUCCACAUUGCCGGUGAUGGCAUGGGCUCGAGAAAGGGACUUGAACACGACGACAUUGACACCAAGAUCCACAUUGCCGGCGACGGCAUGGGCGGUCGCAAGGGCACCUCGCGCGCCUGGAUGACGGGCGGUGAUGAGGACGAGGACGUGCAGCCCAAGGUGCAGCCACGAGGUCGGGGCACCGCUAAAAAGACGGAAGGCGUUUGGGGCUUUUAA